CUUUACAGGCACAAAUUAACAGAUGAACAAAUCCGGUUUAUUAAAGAUGUUCGAAAAAGAGGAAAAAACAAGAUGGCCGCUCAGAAUUGCCGAAAAAGAAAAUUAGACAUCAUCCAAGUGUUAGAAGAUGAUGUUGACAGCUUGAAGAAGGAACGAGAACAAAUGAAAGAAGAAAAGAGAAUGGUUGAUAAAGAUAUUGAAAUGAUGAGAAAUAAAAUUGAACAGCUGCAAAAGGAGAUUUUCGAAUCACUUCAGACCGCUAACGAGCGUUACUUUUUUAACGAGGCGUUGAACAAUGAUGGAAGAAGUUAUACAAGGAACAGAGUUUUCGACAGUAAUAGAAGAGGUAACACCCUUGCUCUGAAUGGAAACUUUAUUAACAUCUCUGCGGGUUCUUUAAAUAAUGGUUACAACAGCAACAAUAUCACAAAAAAUAUAAGCGAAAACAAAUGA